CACGGUCUCUAGAGAACAACGAGGAUCUCGGUACAUGAGAAGACGGCCCCUAAUCCUUCAGUCACUAGAAAUGUCUGAUUUACAGAUAAUCCCACGGCUUACCGAGUUCCAUCACCGUGGCUGUUGCCGUUGUCGACCAUGGAAAACGCGGUAGAUGGGCAGCAAUCCAACCUGCUAGCUCAGGCGCAGCAGAUUGCUGACGACUUCGAGAUCGGCUCCGAACAUAUUCAACAAGUGACAAGGCAUUUUGUAAAGCAGAUGAGGGAUGGUCUCGCAAACCACCGUGUUUGGCAAUUACUUGCCUACGUGAGAGCCGUGCCAAAUGGGAGCGAGAAGGGCGAAUUCUUAGCCGUGGAUCUCGGUGGUAGCAAUUGCAGAAUAUGCCUUGUCCAAUUGCACGGUGAUUCCACUUUUACGGUAACGCAGAACAAGCACAGUGUCCCGCCAGGCGUCAUGGUCAACCGCAGUUAUACACCUCUUUUCGACUUCAUCGCAGAGAGGAUAUCGGAGUUUUUCAAUACACACUUAGAUAUCUGUUCUAAGUACCAGUACAAGUUGGGCUUCACGUUCAGUUUCACUUGCGAGCAAACGUCGCUGGCUAGUGGACGACUCCUUCAUUGGGAUAAAGGUUGGGAUAUUCCCGAUGCCAUCGGUCGAGAUCCCUGUAGCAUGCUGCAAGAGGCAAUUGAUAGAUUUGGAUUACCAAUCCAAGUAACAGUUCUGGCGAACGAUAGCGUUGGUACGCUCUUGACAAGAUCAUAUUGCUCCGGGCAGAGGUCAUCAACACUUGGGGCGAUCAUUCUUGGGACAGGAACCAAUGCCGCAUAUGUCGAACGCAUGUCUAAUAUCGGAAAGCUGAGCAUGCCGGCUAAUGAAGACGAUGUCAUGGUAAUUAACACUGAGUGGGGUUGCUUCGAUGACAAGAUGGAGGUCUUACCCAGCACAACCUUCGACGACGAGCUUAAUGAAGCGUCAACGGAUCGUGGCUCUCAGAUGCUGGAAAAGAGAGUUUCGGGACUCUAUCUUGGGGAGCUCCUUCGAUUGGUAAUCCUGCGACUAUUACGAGCCGGCGCUUUUAACAUGAAGGUGGAUGUGGAGUCACCAUUAUUCCGUCGAGACGGUAUUGAUAGUUCCUUCCUCUCACAACUUGCCCUGGCAGGCACGCAGGACAUCAACAACACCAUCAAGCUGAUUCAAGAUACACUGUCUGCGCUAGACGUCAGCGGUUCUGAUGCCCAGGCCGUACAUUUACUAGCCAAUUCCAUUGCCCGACGGGCUGCACGCUUAGCAGGAGCCUCACUAGCCGCUAUGAUCAUUCAAAGUGGGCGGCUCCAGGCGACUCCCAAGGGCUCAAAAGGCCCCAAUCCUUCUCCAGGAAAACAAUAUCAAGGACGCACAAGAUUCAAUCGAUCGAUAGGUGGCAUUGGACGGUUCCGGUAUCAUCUGACCCUCUUAUGCCACCGGCUUCUUAGUUUGGUCGGAAUGGGUUCACUGAUUCGCAAGUCGUCAUCUCAAAUGCCAUCGCAAUAUACACCAAACCAAUCCGAAUCCUAUGCUGAGGAGGAUAUAAUUGACAUCGGAGCGGAUGGGUCUCUCAUAGAGUUGUACCCGACAUUCGAGGAGGACAUGCGUCGCGCUAUGAGGGAAGUACCUCAGAUUGGACAUGCUGGCGAGCAAAGAGUUCGCAUAGGUCUCGCAAAGGAUGGGUCUGGCGUAGGUGCUGCUCUGAUGGCACAGGUUGCAAGCCAGACAGAAAUGGAAUCUCUGAUGGGUGGCCAGUAGCCCUGCCGGCCCAGGCAAGUGAAAAGAAUAUUCUUGUCCCCUGCCUUGCUCAAUAACACCCCAGUGAAUAACUGGCGCUAUGGCUUCGCCCGGGAUAAUUGAGUGACGAUUUUCUCUCCACUCGGCUACAGAUACUCAGUUUAAAAAAGCACAGAUUAUUAUCUGAGUGUCGUCAAAAACCAUGGUGGGAGGAGAAAAAGGCUUGCAUUCAAUCAAUGUAUUCUGAGGCAUGUACGCAUUUUGCUUGACUAAUUCCAGAAGAGAAAAGCUACAUGUGAGUUGGGCUGCCUGAAUGUACUGUAUAUCGUGUUUGACUGGCUUUUUGAAUCUUUACUUAGGGGAUCAUAGUUUGAACAUGCGAGUGUGAGGCGAUGCUUUGAUUAUGGUGAGAUCUAGUCAGCAAUAUUCUGGCUAUAGGAGUAGCUCGAGAC